AUGGCCGGCGGACGCAAGUCCAAGCCCGCCGCCCCCGCGCGGCCCGCGACGACGCUCGUCCUCGACAACGGCGCCUACACGCUCAAGGCAGGGCUGGUGCGCGACGGCUCCCCGCCCGGCGACCCGCGCAUCGUGCCCAACUGCAUCGCGCGCGACCGGGCGCGCAAGAUCUACGUCGCAUCGGACCUCGACAAGUGCCGCGACUUUGGCGAGAUUCAGUUCCGGCGACCCGUCGAGAAGGGCUUCAUCGUCAAUUGGGAGGCGCAGAAGGAGGUCUGGGACCACGAGCUGUUUGACGACAAGGCGCCCUUGAGGUGCGACCCUGCGGAGACGCGUCUGAUACUCGCCGAGCCGCCGAAUGGCCUGCCUGCGCUGCAGACGAACUGCGAUCAGGUUGUUUUUGAGGAAUAUGGCUUUGCGAGCUACUAUAGAGGCGUUGGUCCCGCGUUCAACGCCUACCACGACGUGCAGUCCCUCUUCCGUACCCCGACCGACGCCGCUACCGUGGCCGGCACGCCUGCCGAAGUGCUACUCCUCGUCGACUCGGGCUAUUCGCACACGACCGUCACACCACUCCUUCGCGGGCAGCCGCUCCACUCGGCCGUGCGACGCCUCGACGUGGGCGGCAAGCUGCUGACCAACUACCUCGCCCGGCUCAUCUCCCUACGGCACUUUGACGUGCGCAACGAGACGUAUAUUGUGAACGAGAUGAAGGAGGCGGCGUGCUACGUCUCCGCAGACUUCAAGUCCGACCUGGAGCGCACCUGGAGGGGCACACGCGGGGACCGCCGCGAGGACUACCUCACGGGCGCGGGCAUCGUCAAGGACUACGUGCUGCCGGACUUCCACUCCAGGAGCAAGGGCGAGCUGCGCGAGUACGACCCCGCGCGGCACACCAAGGCGCGCAAGAUCGCCGCCGCGGGCAGCCACGCCGACGAGGACAUCCUCACGCUGCGAAACGAGCGCUUCGCCGUGCCGGAGCUCAUCUUCAACCCCUCCGACAUGGGGAUGCGCCAGCCGGGACUCGCAGACCUGAUCUACCAGUCGCUGCAGGAGCUGCCCCUGGGCCUCUGGCCGGGCCUGCUCGCAAACAUCGUCGUCGUGGGCGGCAACACCCUCUUCGACGGGUUCGUGCAGCGCCUGCAGAGGGAGGUCGUGCAGCGGUUCCCGGACGACUGCGUGGUGCGCGUCGCGAGGCCGGCGGACCCGAUCGUUAGCACGUGGACGGGCGCCGCCAACAUGGCGAAUCACGUAAACGUCGAGAAGCUGGUCGUCACGAAGCAGGAGUACGAGGAGCUGGGCUCCGCGAUUGUCGCGCGCAAGUUCACCACCGGCAGCAACGUCCCCUGA